AUGCGCAAGCUUCAGCCGCGCAUGUGCAUCCCCCUGUUCUCGAGAGGAUGUGUUCAGUUUCAGCAUUUUACUUCGGUACCCUGCCAAACCGUGCUUUCAGAAUCUUCAGCCUGCAGCUGCGGGAUACUGAUGCUCGCUUUGGCACACGUCCACAAGUGUCGAGGCAUGUCAGCAACUGCCUCCCGCUUGCUCGGGCCUCUCUCCGAGGCAGCCUUGGGCUACUCCGCCGCCAAGGGCAGUCGGAGCAGUCAGAGCAGUCAGGGCACGUCUCAGCCACAAAGCAGCGGCGCCGACGUCACAGAGGCGGAGGUGCAACUGAAGUUUGCUCUUGGCGUGGAGCUGCUCAUGGAGCAUGCCGCGAACUACAGCUUGCAUGGGAAGGAUGAGAAGGCAUUGAGCACGCUGGCACCAGCCCAGAGGAUGCUGGAGGUUUCAGGAAGCCCCCCAGAUUUGGCCUCUGGCUUCUACAUGCAGUAUGGUGCCGCUUACGCCAGUCUCCGCCGCUUUGGGGAGGCUCUUCAAGAGUAUGGAAAAGCCUGGGAGAUACUGGAGAAGUACAACUCCACGAGAAGUCUUGACGCUUGCACCCUGUUAUUCGACAUGGCCAUUGCCGCGGCUGGACUCCGAAGAACACAGGACGCCCAGAGGUUUUUUCAGGAGGCGAGCACCAUCCUCGACAGCACAGCUUCCGGAAAUCUCAAGUUGACGUGGCCAGCCAAGCUGCGCAACCUGCGCAGCAUGAGCUUUGCUAUGGAGACUGCAGGCAGUAUUGAAGAGGGCAUACGGCCCCUACAGCAGGCUUGGAAGGUCCUUCGCCAAGCCAACGCCACUGAAAGCCUGGAGUCAGCUGCAUUGCUUCACCAUCUGGGUGCUUUGCAUUACUACCUGGCGGUAUACCCCAAGGCGGCCCUGUACUUCGACCUGGCACGAGAGCGGCACCAAGCUCAUGGGGACUUCUCAGGUGCGGCGCAAAUGUGGUGGCUUAGUGUGGUGACCACAGUUCGUGGGUGGCUGUGGAACGCAGAGCAGUGGCUGCAUCCUUGA